GGCGUGAAAAGUAUAUUCUGAAAUCCAAAUCUAAAGGCGAAGAGGCACUCCGACCGAGACAAGGACAUGGCUUCGACGGUGGUGAAAAGUGCGUUGCAGGCGAUCAAAGAGAGAGGCCUGGUCGGUUUCUUACGGCUUCUCCGGGAAGAGGGCUACACGAAUUGCCUGACGGAUGGAAAUCUCUUGCAAACGAAAAUACACAACAUAGGAGCAACAGUUGUUGGUGUUGAUAAAUUCGGUAACAAAUAUUACCAAAAGCUGGGCGACACUCAAUACGGAAGACACAGAUGGGUAGAAUAUGCACAGAAGGAUCGUUAUAAUGCGUCUCAGGUACCGGCCGAGUGGCAUGGAUGGCUCCACUUCAUGACCGAUCACACUGGAGAUGAGCUCCUCAUGCUGAAACCGAAGAGGUAUGGGCUUGAGCACAAAGAGAACUUCUCGGGAGAGGGUGAUGCCUACAUUUACCAUUCAAAGGGACACGCUCUAAACCCCGGGCAGAGGAGCUGGACUAGGUACCAACCUUGGGAACCCGCUAAGUCUGAUAAUUGAGUUGAGAUGAACUGCAAGUGUUGUUUGCUUCUGUUUUCUUGUAAUAAAGAUCGGUGGACCUGACGCUUGAACAAUUCAGAUUUCCGAAACUCGGGUUCUGGUUAAAUAUUUGCUUGAUGAUUAAACUUUUGGAAA